UUUCUCUUGAGCUUGGUCUAGUUCACUUGUUUGGGGACGAUGAGGAGGUACCCGGAGGUGGAGAUGGAUGUGGAAGACGAUGAAUUCGCCAAGCUCAUUAGGAGGAUGAACCCGCCGAGGGUUGUGAUAGAUAAUGAUUCUUGCGGUGAUGCAACAGUUAUUAGAGUGGAUAGUGUCAACAAGCAUGGGAUUCUGCUAGAAGUUGUUCAAGUCCUCACUGAUCUGGACCUUGUCAUCAGAAAGGCCUAUAUAUCUUCGGAUGGAAGUUGGUUCAUGGAUGUAUUUAAUGUGACCGACUGCAAUGGAAACAAACUGUGGGACGAGGAGAUCAUCUCCUACAUUAAAAAGUCCCUGGAGUCAGAGGCUUGCUUAUUCCCCAAGCUUCAGAAUUCAGUCGGUAUAAUGCCGUCAACAGAGGACACAUUAAUUGAGAUAACAGGCUCCGACAGGCCUGGAUUGCUAUCCGAAGUAUGCGCUGUUCUUGCAACCCAGAUGAGUCAUGUGGUGAAAGCUGAGCUAUGGACACACAACAACAGAGUUGCAGCAGUGCUUCAUGUCACCCAUGAGUCCACCGAGGGAGCAAUCGAAGACCCCCAACAGCUCUCCACCCUCAAGGAGCUCCUCUGCAAUGUUCUUAGAGGUGAUCAUGAUCCAAGGAUGGGGACGAUGACCGUGUCGAUGGGGCUCACCCACACAGAGAGGAGGUUGCAUCAGAUGAUGUUCCAUGACCGGGAUUAUGAGAGGGUUGAAGUGAAAGAAGCUGUGGGGAAUAAAUCUAGACCCCAAGUCACUGUGAUGGACUGUUCCGAGAAGGACUACACUGUGGUAAUCUUGAGAUCCAAGGACCGGCCCAAGCUUCUGUUUGACACCAUUUGCACACUCACAGACAUGCAGUAUGUUGUGUUUCAUGGGACUGCCAGUGCAGGAAAGGAAGAAGCUUAUCAGGAAUACUAUAUAAGACAUGUAGAUGGCCUCCCCAUAAGCUCAGAGGGCGAGCAACAGUAUCUGAUUCAGUGUCUUGAGGCAGCUGUAGAGAGAAGAGCUUCAGAUGGUCUCGAAUUGGAGCUGAAGACAGAGGACGAAGUUGGCUCUCUCUCAGAGAUCACAAGGGUAUUCCGAGAGAAUGGCUUGACCAUCAGAAGAGCAGAGAUUUCGACCGAGGGAGGCAAAGAAGUAGACACCUUCCAUCUUUCUGAGACAUCAGGCAACCCUGUGGAUGCCAAGACGAUCGAUUCGAUACGCAGACAGCUCGGGCAGACGAUAGUAAGGGUGAAGCAGAACCCUCUACUCGAAGCGAAGCCUCCCGAGGUGGUCAGCACUGUCAGUUUCUUCUUUGGCAACCUCUUCAGGGCCUCGUUUCAGAGCUUUCGACUGAUCAGAUCCUACUCAUGAACGCCAAAUCACGCUCAUGGAAGACGAUUAGCAUGCAAAGAUGAUACCGAAAAAAGUUAGGUACAACAUCAAAGACAAACAUCCAGUAGCAACACUGUAGAUAGUCCAGGAUGAGAAGUAUACUGAAUGUGAUGGAAGGAUGAGCAAUAAUUACACUGUUGUAAAUAGACACUAUUUGAUGUAGAUAGAUGGCAUGCUCUUUUAAGUCCAAGGAAUCCAUCCAAUGCAUUUGGUGUCAAGAAAAUUAGCAGAGGACAAAGAUGGAUGUUAAGAAAGUAAUGUGGUUGGAUUAUGGAUCUUCAAUUUAUCCUAAAAUGACAAAUAUGAGAAUUUAAAUUCUA